AUGAAUCCCGAAGUAGACACCGAUAAUGUCGAAGAACUGUGGAGCGAAUUGCUUCGACAGCUCUCGCCAUCCACAAGCAAUACUAUCAAUUCGUUGGAAACAGAAAACACUCGUACGCAAAGUCUAUCAUCAUCAUUACAACAUGACUCGAAUCGUCAUCAAACGCAGUCAUCAUCACAGACGACGAAGGUAUCAACUGCCUCAAGCCUCACUCCUCGGAUGCAUCACGGAACAACAACACCAACUGUUGAUGAUCGUUAUCAUCAUGCACACUUGCAACAUGCACAACAAGAGCGCAAUCAAGCAUGGUUGCACGCGAUUCCCACCAUCCAACACUCGCAACAUCUUCACCAAAAUACAAGGGCCUCUUUGAACACCACUGCAGUACAACAACAACGACAGGACAAUGAUGAAUGGUUUGAAAAACUCUCUCGGAGCACAUUCAAUGUCAUUCAGUCCCUCACCAACAAAUCAUCAUCGAUAGGAGGUGCCAAUGCACCCCCAACGAUCAACAACACGAGUGGUAGCACUUCACCAUCAUCAUCAGUACCCUUCUCCUCAUCCUCCUUGAAUACUGCAAGCUGGAACGGUGCAACCCCAACCGGAAAUAAUCCUGCUACUACCCUUGGGAGUUCCUCUACCGAUGUUGCCCUUAAUUCAUCUCCUUCGCCAGCUUUUUCUUCAUCUCCUUACUCGGCCAUUUCGUCCACAACCAUAAGCAUGAGCACACCUAACAUGUCGAGCUUUAGGUCGACCUAUCCCAUGGCAGCCUCAUCAUCCGUGCCGUCUGAGAGAAGCACAAGUAGAGAUCAUUCUGCAAUUCAGCAACAUCAGCAGUUCCCACUGCGCAAUGACUUCUCACUUACCUCAACACUGAACUUGAAAUUGCAAUUUACAGAUGCAGAAAUGACUCUGUUAGAUGAAUAUUUUCAACCCUUGUUGCAACAAACAAGGAGAAAUUCUGUGAGUACUAGUAACGGCAUUUCAUCCAUGCUCAUUGGCCAGAAUGAUGUUAUAACAUCAGCAUCCACAUCUACUUCAUGGAUACAACAACGGUCAACCUCUCCUCAACAUCAACCACAUUUAUCCAAUCAAGAUACGACUUUCAGUUCGCUGAGCUCAUUGCUGACCUCGCCUUUGCAAAACAAGCAUGACAAAAACAAUCAUGAUGCAACGACAUUAUAUCAUCAUUUCAAUGCCCCCUCCAAUUCAUACAGACUUUCAUUUCAACAACCCUCGAAUCCCAUUAUGAAGCAAUUAAUUUCUCUCAACGACUCUUCAACAAACACAACUACUAACUCUCACUCGAUCACUAACUCAAACCUACCUCAAACCCUUAAUGAUGAUACCAUUCUGAAAAACUCGUCGCCACACACAGCAUCUCCCCAAAACUGUAGCAACGCCUCCUCAUCGAUUGCAAUCACAAAUCAUGAAUCAAGUUCUGCUUUUCCGAGAGGUGUCAGUAGCAAGAUUUCCAAACCCGAUCGUCAGCAGAAAAAGCUAAGAGCCAGCAAGGUCUCAAUGCUCAAUCGACAAAGGAAGAGUACGCUUCUCUCACGCACGAGCAGCAAUAGUAGUUGCAGUAGUAGCAACAGCUCGAACACAAACCUGGCCUCCUUGAGCUCCUCCUCAACUAGAAACGAUGAAUGUAUCAUCAACGCCUUUCCCUCCACUCCAUCUCCCAGUAAGAAUAACACAGCAAUCCCUGCAUCCUCUUCGUUUUUUACGGAUCGAGAGAGCUGGAGAUUUCAUACCUAUGAGAAUGGCAAGCUCAAAUCCUCUAACGACUUAAUCUUUCGCAAUUUCAACCCGUUUAAUGAAAAGAAAUAA